AGUAUUCAAAUUCAAUGGAUUCGAAAUUCAAAUUAAUGGAUGAUGAUAAAGAAAAUAACAAUGAGCUAUCACUGGACGUCGAACAGGCUAUUCGUAGCAGUUCAAUCAUGUCCAAAGCUCCAGUCGUGAAAUAUCUAAACAAAUCUCAUGGUAGUCUUGCACCAUUUGCUGGUGUUUACUGUUAUAAGGUUUGGGUAUCUGAUGAACCACCAAACAGAUCUCGCCAUUACGCUUAUCAAGUUAUUACAACAAAUUCAAUACAAAAAGUUUAUGUCACGUCUAUGCGUGUGUGGCCGAUAACGUUUUCUUUUCGACCACCAGUGACUCCUAUGAAUUUUUGGAUUCGAAUUACACCACUGUUUUCGUAUGCAGAAAAGUGUGGUGAAGUCGUUCAAAGGUGCAAAAAGCACGAGAUUCAAACAUCUGGUACCUACAUAUCGAAGGGAAAAUCAUUUGUUGAAAUUCUUGGGGAAAGUUCGGAGUAUGUGUUGGGCAGCCCCCUCUCAAAUUGCCCUCGUGACCAAAUUACCGUCCGUACACCUAUUGAUGUGCUCCAUCUCCUUCACUCCAAGUCAGAAGCUCCAUCUAACACCGCCGAUUCGGAUAUCUCAUUAUUACCAGAAGUGAGGGGGGUUUUGUAUUGUAGACUAAGCUGUUACAACAGUUGUUUUGGUCUAACAGCUCGAGGUGAAAUUGAGUUAGUUAUUACCCUUGAAGCAAAGAAUGAUGAAUCAGUUAAUCAAGAGAAUUUCACAAUCUUUGGCCUUGACAAAAUACGUGUUCGUUGUUGUUCUUGUCCGACGAGAGAUGCAAAAUCUGAUCACAAGCUUUCAUCCAAUAUUUUAGGAUCGUGUUCCACCGGCAUAAGUUCUAGAAGGUUAUCACUUAGUUUAUCUGACCAUUCAAAUAUUCGAAUAAAUACUGGAAUUUCAAGUGCACGAAAUAGUUGUCCCAGUAAAAUACAAAGAGUUGAAAACGAAGACUGUCAAGAGUCAUACUCAUCUAUUAUUUUUAACAGUAAAAAAUAUUUCAUUACCAUGACUGAUGAUCCGGAAGUAAAGUCAGCGAACACCACACUGAGGGAUUUAUCAGCUUUAACAUCUGAAAAAUGGACAUGUUCUCAUUCUCGAAAUCGCGCACUGAAACGUAUUAAAAAGUUUUAUCGGAAUUUGGAAAGUUAUGUUACUGACUGUACCGUUAAAGAGUUAUCUAGAAAAGGAAAUGAUUACAUUCCACCCCAGGGAUCUCAAGAUAGUACAAGUUCAACUUCAUCUACAGCUGAUAAGUGUGUUGGUACGGAUAACUUGUAAAUGGAACAUAUGAUACAGGGUGGAACUUGUCUCUUUCAUCCGGUGAUGACUUACUCGCCACAACUAUGACAAUUAGUAUUAUUCUUGCACACUAUUUUUUCUAAAACUUAUUUUGUAUAGGUGACUUGUGAUUUCAUUUUGUUCUUUUUGUCAUUUUAUUAUUGGAAAUAGUAUUAUUAUAGUUAUCAGUAGUACAAAAAAUACCACAAAAUAAAUCAGUGAAUUGUUAAAUUUCAUCUGCUCUUUUGUAAAAUAGUUUAUAAGUUUUCAGUAACAUAAUGUGAUCUGUACUAUAUUGUUUACUUGGUACCGCUGAAAUUCGUUUAAACUCAUUUUGUCUUGAUUGUCUUUGUUACUUUAAAGUGAGUAGGAUUUAUGAUUGAAUAAAAGUUGUUUUUUAGAUUCAA